GCUAGAAACACCUUCGCAUUGAGUUUAUUUCUAGAGCUCAUAGAGUGUAGACAUAAAAAAAAAAUUACUUUUAUAUAUUUUUCAAAUCGAAUAAAAAUUGUACAUUUUCCAGUAAUAACUUUGCAAGAUUUUUUGUUUGGUUAAUGAAAUCAUUUCAAAUAGAAAAUAAUACCUUGACCUGAAGCCAAAUUUACUCGCAAUGUCUGGCAUCAGAAUCCGGAGUAUACGCCCCCCUCUUGGCCAGAAUCCGAAGCUUGAUCCGCACCACCUGAUCAAGGCCAUUAGCCACUUAAAGCCCAGUGAUGCCAACCCGAAGCAGUACUACAACUUUGUCCGGGAGAUGUGCAUCAUGCACAACUGUGGCAUCUACAUGGGCCUGAAGUGGGCCCGAAUUGUCUGGCCGGAUUUAAGCCAACGCCAGCGGGAGUCCUAUAAUUCGGAACAGUUUGCAGAGCUGCCCAUACCAAUGCCUGAACGAAACCCCCAACAUGUCGGCUUGCAAAAGAAGCUUAUCGGUCCAAAGACCCAGCUUACCAAUAAGAAUCCAAAACCAAAACCAACAUUGCUAUCAGAAAAGCGGCCCAAGGUCGACAACCAGAAAAGGCUAGAUUUGAAGGUGACACCCAAUCAACCUAAACUCAAAACCAACUUACAGGUUUACAGCAACCAAGAUCAUCCUAUACGUGUACAUUUGGUUCGAUCUAUUAGCGAACUCCUAUCAAAGGUCAGCACUGAUCGCCGCCGGGAAACGAACAACAAUAAACGAAAAAUAGUAGUGCGACUUUUUAGUGAUUCCAAAGAGUCUGAUGAGGAGGAAACGCAUUCGUCAAGUGACAAAAAUAAUGCCCUAAUGCUAAAGGUAACCAAGAGAGUCAAGCGAGAGCUGGAGACCAAAAAUAAAAAUAAUAAGAAAUACAUGCCUAGCAUUGCUCGCAUUAACAAUGCCCGUCGACAGCGCAUUCGCUAAGCCUGACUCGAAAGUACCAAAAAUAGAGGAGAUCACACUUUCGGAUAGUAAUAGGGAAUAUCUAUAUGUAAUUUAGAAUUUUCGCACAAUCAGCACCUUAGAAUGUUAAUUGUUAGUAAACCAAAAAAAUCUAUUGUACAAAUUUCAAGUCAUUUUUUAAAAAAAUCAACCACGA